AUGCCUCUCAUUGCCUCAAACCCCAAGGACCGUGUCAUCCUGGGUCUUAUGACCUUCGGACCCAAGGAAGCUGACGGUGCCCGAAUCACCGACCUGGAUACGUAUAACAAGGCUCUCGAUGUGUUCCAGAGCCGCGGCUACAACGAGGUCGACACGGCCCGCGUCUACGUUGGCAGACAGCAGGAGGCCUUUACUCGCGAAGCCAAGUGGAAGGAGAGAGGAUUGACGCUGGCGACCAAGGUCCAGUAUCCCGGACAACCCGGCGACCACGCUGCGGCCAAGGUUGUCGAGUCCGUCGAGACGAGCUUGAAGGAGUUGGGAACCGACAGCGUUGAUAUCAUGUACCUCCAUGCUGCGGACCGCGCCACACCAUUUGCCGAGACUCUCGAGGCUCUCGACAAGCUCCACAAGAAGGGCAAGUUCGUCAAGCUGGGACUGAGCAACUUCACGGCGUUCGAGGUGGCAGAGGUGGUGUUGACGUGCAAGUACAACGGCUGGGUUCGGCCGACGGUGUACCAGGGCAUGUACAACGUCAUCACUCGUAGCAUCGAGCCCGAGCUGAUUCCGGCUCUGCGGCGGUACGGGCUCGACCUCGUCGUGUACAACCCACUCGCGGGCGGGCUGUUUUCGGGCAAGAUCAAGUCCAAAGACAUUGUACCGAGCGAGGGCCGGUUCUCGGACAACCACGGCACGGGAGGCAACUACCGGAAGCGAUACUUCCGUGAGAGCACGUUCAAGGCGCUGCAGACGAUCGAGGCGGCGGUGGAGAAGAAUGGGCUCAGCAUGAUUGAGACGGCGCUGCGAUGGACGGUGCACCACUCCGGGCUCAAGAUCAAGGAUGGCAACGACGGCAUCAUCAUUGGCAUCUCAAGCGUGCAGCAGCUCGAGGACAACCUCAACCAGCUUGAGAAAGGACCGCUGCCCGAAGAGGUUGUCCAGGCACUGGAUCAGGCGUGGGCCAUCUCCAAGGCAGACACGACCAACUAUUGGCACCUGGACCUCGAGUACAAGUACAACACCCGGGAUGCCCUGUUCAGCGCCGGGGCCAAGUGA